ACAAACAGCAAAUACAUGUUGGUCAAUGGGCCGAAGUCCUGGAGAGAGGCUCAGAGUUACUGCAGACAGUCUUACACAGAGCUGGUCAGCGUGAGGAACCAGGAGGAGAACUGUCAGAUCCAGAAGCUGAUUCCUGCAGGAGAAGUCUCAUACAUGGGGCUUUUCAAAGACGCUUUCGUCUGGUCCGAUAACAGCACGUCUUCUUUCAGGAACUGGGAUUCAGGUCAGCCGGAUGGAUCGGGAGACUGUGUGGUGCAUUUACGAAGAAGCAGACUGUGGGAUGAUCAGGAUUGCAGUAACACAAAGCCCUUCUUCUGCUACGACAGAACAGUGGUCAGACAGAUACUGAGACUGAAGGUGGAAUCGGAUCAGAAUGUGAAUGAUCCCGAUUUAACGGCCACAAUCCUUCAGGAGAUUAAGCAGAAAAUGAUAUACCAGGGUUUGUCAGUGCAUGCUUAUCUGCAAUGGAAGCAGCAAGCAAAUGGAGACGUCUUCCAAAGAGAAGAGAAGACGAGAAAGAAAUGAGACAUCACAGAUCAUCUUCUUCUCAACCAUCAAAACAGGGCAGGAUUUUCUGAAAGAGAUGAUAAUUGACUGAAUAAUCAACUAAAAAUCAGUUUUUGGAUCUUGAUCCACCAGAUGAGAAAAGCUGUUCUGUAGUUUCCCUAAAGCUGAAUUUAAUCACUAUAUUUAAAGUCCGUUGUAAAAAAUGAUUGUAACUUUAAUGUUAAAACACUGUGAAAUGUCUUAAUGUCCCUUACUGAAUAUUUAUACUACAUUUAUUUCUAUGACUUUCUGUAUUAUCCCUAGACUUAUGUUUAUUAUCAUUACUGACUGCUGUUGCAUUAGUUUAAUUCAAUAAAACAAUUUGCAUUGAUUA